GUCGCAUCGCCUGUGUUGCCAAACUCGCCAUCAAAAUCAACCACGUCGAACAUGCCUACCCUGACCAACUCGAUCAGACGCAGCCGUUUGAUGACCACUAAAAAGCACACGCUCCAUGAUCCUCGUACUCCGUUCCCGACCUUUCUUGACGAUGUUGUGUGGAAUGGUCCUCAACUCUGCGGCAACAUCGUGUCGUUUGACCUGAACGCACCCUCGACUCCUACCAGACAAUGUACCUCGCCACUUGACCCAGCUUCGAUCGAGGAGGAAGAGGAAAGGACGAGAAAGACGACGCCAAGUUCUUCGCUCACACAGAGCUCGUCCGACCUGCUUCUAUCAUCUUUGCCAGACACCUCUCUCGUGGACACUCCGUCAUUCUGGUACCCGGACAGGACCACGACGCCAUCCAACUGUUCGUUCGCUUCCUCUACUCCGGAAAUAUCAACAGCAACGUCGCCGAUGCUUGCUCGUUCAAGGGUGGCUGUGAGACACUCAACUUCAAGCUGCAUGACAACUCCUUCACCCAGCUCAUGACCCCCGACGAUGAAGAGAAGCUUCUCGUGAAGGCCUACCUUUUCGGCUACUCGUGCAGCUGCUGGACUUUCUGCGACGCCGUCAUCGACACUUUGAUCUGCAAAAUCAUUGGCCAAAAGAGAAGACCCGUUCUGCACAACCUCCUCGAUCUCAGCACGAACUGCGGUUCCUUCUAUCCUCUCAAGGUUCUCAUCGCCCACCUUGCGCUCCAUACUUGGACGGACAACCAGUUCUGCGGCUUUGCUCUGGCGCACAGAUUCGACAGGAUCGAUCACGUUAGAUUCUGGGCUGAUGUUGGAGACUACAAUGCUGUGCACAAGACCGGCACUUAUGGCUUACCCAAGGCCCCAUGGCGUAAGAGCCCAUGCCACUAUCAUGUGCACGCAAGCUA